AUGAGAACUCUGAAGGAUUACAAUAUUCAGGUUCGUUAUGGACGAUUCUAUGCUAACCCAAGAGGAAACUACGAGGUGGACUUGUUCAUAACGCAAGCAGAUGGCAAGAACAUUGUUGACCCCAACAAGCAAAAUGCAUUAUGUUCCCGCUUGAGAAUUGAGCUUUUGCGUCCUCUUCGAGUGGCUGGGGUGAGCCGUGGUCCAGACACUGAGCUGCUGGUUGCUAACCCCGUUGAGUUGUCUUGCAGGGGUCGUCCUCUUGUCUUUUAUGAUAUCACAGUGGCCCUCGAAGUUCUACAAACAUGCAUCUUUGCGGUUAAGAUAGGCAGACACAUGAACCGAGAUCGAGAGUGGGAGGUAUACAGUAUCCUACUAGAUGAAGGAGUAGGUUCUCUAGUGCCAAGGAACAAAAUUGAGGACGGUGUAAGAAACAAAUUGAUGGGUUGGGAAUAG